UAAAAAAAGCAGGAUUUUUGCAAAAUGUCAUCUAAGUCGUUUGCUUUAAGCAGGGUUUCACCUAAAAGUUGAUUGUGUAAAGAAGGGUUUCAGUAAAUAAGUCUUCAAAGUCGUUCGGAUUUACUUUCCAUUUCAACCACUUCACUUGGCUCAGAAUGCUUCCCUGCCUAACUCAAACAUGAAUAUUUUCUUUGUCCUGUCUUGUUUAUCAAUCUUUAAGCCAUAUGCAAUUUCCAGUCAAGCGUAUGCCAAAAUGCAUUUGGUGUAUUCAAUUAAUAAGUGGACAUUUUUACAGGAAUUACUGGUCUGGUAUUUUCAAUAAACUCCAUCCAAAAUGAUAUUUUGCUAACUACGGAAGAAUUUAAUAUACGGACCUAGCAAUAUUUAUGGUAUAUGAACUAUUCCUGGUCAGUCUUCGUGGCCGCAGAACAUAACUGAUAACUGAUAAAGAAAUAAAGAAUUAGAUCUAAAGCUUGAGAGAGUCUAUGCAUGGCAGGUGGCUGCACAAUUCUCUUUAUCUUCUGUUUUCUGGUUUCUACAGUAACAACAGCCACUACAGUAGGCACCAUUAUCCCUGGCCAAGCCAUCAGAAGUGGUGAGAGUACCGUUGUUUCAACAGGUCAAGCUUUUGAACUUGGUUUUUUCCCUCCUGGAAGAUCAAGUUACCGAUACUUGGGAAUUUGGUAUAAGAAACUACCUGGAAAGGAAUAUGACGGAACUGUUAUAUGGGUAGCCAACAGAGAUACUCCCCUCUCAGAUUCCUACGGAGUUCUAACUAUCACUGAGAAAGGAGUUCUUGUUCUUCGCAAUAGUACAAAUGACACUGUUUGGUCCUCAACUGUGUCAAAAAUUGCGCAUAAUCCAGUUGCUGUGCUAUUAGAAUCAGGAAAUCUUGUUGUGAAAGAUGCGAAUGAGGACAAUAACCCGGAUAACUUUUUGUGGCAGAGUUUUGAUUAUCCAUGUGAUAACUUGUUAUCAGGUAUGAAGCUUGGAGUAAACUUGGUUACUGGUCUAAACAGGUACAUGUCAUCCUGGAAGAGCAAAGAUGAUCCUGCUCAUGGAGAUUUCAAAUAUAUGAUAGAUCCACAUGGGGUUCCACAACUAGUUCUUAAAAAGGGGAAUGCAACUCAAUUUAGGGCAGGUCCAUGGAACGGUCUUCGUUGGACGGGCGUGCCUCAACUGAGAGAAAAUCCUGUUUAUGGAUUUGAGUUUGUUUGGAACGAGAAGGAAGUGUUCUACAGGUUUAAUGUCACUAAUAGUUCUGUCCCUUCAAGGAUGGUGUUAAGUCCAACAGGUGUUACAGAGCGGUUAACAUGGAUAGACCGAAGCCAGAGUUGGAAGCCUUUUUCACGGUUCUCCGGGGUGACACUUGAUCAAUGUGACAAUUAUGCAUUGUGUGGUGCAUACGCUAGUUGCAACAUAAAUAUGAACACUCCAUCAUGUGAGUGUUUGGAAGGAUUCAAACCAAAGUUCCCUGAUGAGUGGAGUAAUUUAGAUUGGUCUAAUGGGUGUGUUCGAAAGACACAAUUGAACUGCAAGAAUGGGGAUGGCUUUCUGAAGCACAAAGGAGUGAAAUUACCUGACACGCGUUCAUCUAGAAUUAACAAGAACAUCAGCCUUUUGGAAUGUGAGAUAUUGUGUUUAAACGAUUGCUCUUGUACAGCAUAUGCAAAUUCAGAUAUUAGAGGAAGUGGUUGCUUGCUCUGGUUUGGUGAACUGGUUGAUAUAAGAUCACUUACCGAGAAUCAACAAGACCUCCAUAUAAGAAUGGCUGCUUCAGAACUAGCUAGUAUUGAAAGAAGAAGACAAUCCAGAAAGAAAAGGAUUGUGAUCAUCAUAGUUACAUCUGUGCUUUUAGCCUUGGCCAUGGUUGUGCUUAUCUUUGGAUGGAUCUUAUAUUUGAGAAAAAAGAAACCCAGGAAUCAAGGCAACGGGAAUGAAGAAAUGGAUUUACCAAUAUUUGAUUGGGCAGCCAUAGCUAAUGCCACUUGCAACUUCUCAGACAAUAACAAACUGGGAGAAGGAGGUUUUGGACCUGUUUACAAGGGUAUUUUAUUGGAGGGGCAAGAAAUUGCAGUUAAAAAGCUUUCCAAAAGUUCUGGACAAGGAAAGGAAGAGUUCAAAAAUGAAGUUAUUCUGAUUGCUAAACUUCAGCACCGAAAUCUUGUAAAGCUUCUUGGUUGCAGCAUGCAAAAAGAUGAAAGAUUGUUAAUUUACGAAUAUAUGCCAAACAAAAGCUUGGACUACUUUAUCUUUGAUGAAGGAAGAAGCAAAUUAAUGGAUUGGAACAAGCGAGUCAGCAUUAUUGGAGGAAUUGCUAGAGGGCUUCUUUAUCUUCAUCAAGACUCCAGACUGAGGAUAAUACAUAGAGAUCUCAAAGCUAGUAAUAUAUUAUUAGAUAAAGAAAUGAAUCCGAAAAUUUCAGACUUCGGUCUGGCUAGGACAUUUGGGGGGGAUCAAACUGAGGCAAACACAAACAGGGUCGUUGGAACAUAUGGUUAUAUGUCUCCGGAGUAUGCAGUAGAUGGGCUCUUCUCGGUGAAAUCCGAUGUCUUCAGCUUUGGUGUUAUAGUACUAGAGAUAGUGAGUGGGAAGAAAAACAGAGGAUUCCACCAUCAUGAUCACCAGCAUAACCUCCUUGGACAUGCAUGGAGACUGUGGAUAGAAGGGAGACCAGUGGAGCUAAUAGAUAAAUCUUUUGAUGAAUCUUCUGCUUUAUCUGAGGUACUACGAUGCAUUCAUGUCGGUCUGUUAUGUGUGCAACAAGCACCAGAAGCCAGGCCAAAUAUGUCAACUGUGGUUCUAAUGUUGUGUGGUGAAGGAUCGUUGCCCCAACCAAAGCAGCCUGGUUUUUUCACAGAAAGAAAUCUGACUGGAUCACAGUCCUCGUCAAGUAAAGAGAAAUCAUGUUCAACAAACGAAAUCACAGUCUCAUUGAUAGAGGGUCGUUGAAGAAACAGCACUUCAUGAAGAAAACUAAAAAUCUACAAGUAUCCACUGUAAAUAAGCUUAAGGAUAGUUCUCAGGGAAUUUUUAUAAAUGUGGAUUUGUGGAGAUAUUUUACCAAAAAUCUUACUAGAUCUUCAAUAAUAUUAUACAACCAGCAAAGUAAUUUCUACUUUCUAAUAAAGAUACAUACUGCUGAUUCAA